CUUUAGUGGCUAGCACAAAAGGAGUGAGACCGGCCCUGAGACGCAACCAGCGCCUACGUGAAGCAAGCAUACGUCCACGCUUACGCCGUCGCCGCGCUCGCUGCAGAAAUCGAGGCUGCAAGGCACCUAUACACCAGGAAGCAUGCGCGCCACCCAAAUGCUGCUCCUCGCACUCCUCGCGACGGCACAAGCGCGCCUCGCGAACGUCCGCGCCCACGAAGAUUUGGCCGCCACGACGACCCCACCGGACGCAAAAACGACAAAGCUCCCCAAAAGCUUCUCGUGGCGCGACCACGGUCUCCUGGCGCCGUCGUGGAACCAGCACGUGCCCAAAUACUGCGGCGCCUGCUUCGCCUUUGGGACCGCGCACGCGUUGCAAGAUAGAACAAAAAUUGCUCGGGCGCGCGUCAAGGACGACGCGUAUCCAGGGCCCGAUCUACUAGUCGCCGUGCAAGUUCUGCUGAACUGCGGCGGCGAAGAUUCUGGCUGGGGCAAGGCCGGCAACUGCCACGAGGGCGGCUCGGCGACGUCCGCCUACGCGUGGGCCAAGAAUUUUGGCGGCUACCCCUCGGCGACGUGCUUCCCCUACCAGGCCGAGGACGGCCUCGGGUGUCGUGGCGACACGAUCUGCCGCAACUGCAUGCCUACUCAUGAUGGAGAGCACGCGUGCUGGGCCGUGCCCGGCGAUGCGUCGGAUGAGCACGCCUGCGACAACGGCGGCGUUUGCGCGACGUCGCCGUACCCGCGCAUAGUGGUGGCAGAGCACGGCAAGCUGCCCGGGUCGAAUGAAGUAGGCGCCAAGGCCGCCUCCGAAGCUAUUCAACGGGAAAUCGUGCGCGCCGGGCCCGUGACGUGCAACCUGGACGCGGAGCCCCUACUCACCUACACUUCUGGUAUUGCCGAGGCGAACCCGCCGAACGGCCGCGGCGCGAACGACACGGAUCAUGUGGUCGAAGUCGUCGGCUGGGGCGUACAUGAAGGCACGGAGUUCUGGGAGAUCCGCAACUCGUGGGGCGAGUACUGGGGCGAGGCCGGCUUCGGGCGGGUGCUGCGGGGCGUCGACGACUCGAUGAUCGAGAGUUCGUGCACUUUUGCCGACGUCGGCGGCUGGGGCGCGCCGGGCGUCAAUUAUCAGGCGGCAUCCGAUGAUGAGGGCGACGCGAUCGAGCUCGUCUCCACUCCAGUCUCCUGGGUCUGGGAGCCCGCCGUCGGCCCCGUCGAGCCGGAGCGCGCCGCGUUGGUGCUCCUGGUCGCCGUCGUCGCGUUUUUUGUUGCUUAUUUGAUGCUGCGCCGGCGCGAGGCCUCCUGAUCCGACUCCCUCUUGACAUAAGUGAUGUG